AUGACUGGAAAGUUCAUCUUUUCCCUCCUGGCUGUCAUGAUCCUGACUGCCACAGUCUCAGAAGCUGCCAGUAUUAGCGCGGCGUCUGUCCAACUACGGUGUAGGUGCGUCAGCACGUAUCCCAAACACAUCGCUGUCAAGUACAUCAAAUCCUUGGAAGUGAUCUUCAAGGGACCACACUGCUCAUUAGAUGAAGUCAUAGUGACACUCCAUGAAAACAAGGAAGUUUGCCUGGACACCACCAAGGCCUGGGUACAGGAGCUUAUCGAGAAGUAUAAGACAAUAAUCAAGAAGAAAAAUCAGGUGUAAGGAAAAGCGGGAUUCCCUCCGGAUUCCCUCUAAGGACAGCUCAUUUGAAAAUACCAAGAAAUCUUCUAAGACCUCUUUUCGAAAGCCUUGGAGAAAGCACCGGGCUGUGAAUCUUGACAGCUGGGUUCCAGUUCUCACUCUGCCACUCUUCACUCUC